CUCUCGGUGCCUCCGUCAGUCAGUCAGUCAGUCAGUGCGUGCGCCGCCGUCUGCUGAGCGUGUCCCUGGCCACAUGCGCGGAGUGAAGGUGCAGACAAGGAGCAGGACCGCCUGUUGGAUUUGUUAUUAGGAGCGAGUGAACACCUGGAUUACACCGUCAAACACAAUCUUUCAUUUUUAUUUUUUAUUCCUUUUUUUUUUUUUUUUUUUUCUCGGACUCCUGGGCUUGAGAAACCACCUGCCAUCAUGUCUCGGACUCCAGAGGAUGUGAGCAAGCUCACAGAAAGUACAUACAAGGUUGUGAUGGAUCAGUUGAAUCCAGGCCUCAGGAACCUGGUCAACCUCGGGAAGAGCUACGAGAAAUCCGUUACAGCGAUGACUCUUGCCGGAAAGGCCUAUUUUGAUGCAGUUUCCAAGGUUGGAGAGAACGCUAUGGUGUCUCCGGUCUCCAGAGAGCUCGGUGUCGUUCUGAUGGAGAUCGCAGAGGCCCACAAGAAAGUCAGUAACGAACUGGAAGAGAAUUUCAAGAGGUUCCACAGAGAGGUUAUUAUCGAGCUGGAGAAAAAGACAGAUAUGGAUGUCAAAUACAUGAACGCUACGUUCAAGCGCUAUCAGUCAGAGCACAAGCUCAAGCAGGACUCCCUGGAGCGCUCACAGACGGACCUGAAGAAGCUCCGGAGGAAAAGCCAAGGAAAGCAUUCGUCCAAAUAUGACAUCAAAGAGAACGAGUAUAUGGAGACCAUCACGUCGCGUCAGAUGGACAUGCAGAAGUUCAUCGCUGACGGCUGCAGAGAGGCCUUACUGGAAGAAAAGAGACGCUUCUGUUUCCUGGCGGACAAACACUGCAUGUUCUCCUAUCAAAUUAGCAACUUCCACGAGAAAGCCAAAGAGACGCUGUCCAUGAAGCUCCCCAGCUGGCAGGAAAAGUGCAGCGACAUCACCAAGGUGCCGGACACGGUGAAAACCAUGAUAGAUCGACUUUCCACCACACCAGAACAAUCACCGCAGGUUGAGCGCUACAGCAAGGGCAAGGUGGAGUCAAUGGUGCCGCCACCUGCACCUCCACUAAAGGCACAGACCAGUCCGCUAGCCUACAUGUUCAACCCAGAGCCCAUAUCUCCGGUCACCUCCUCUUCAGACCACCACUCAGACCCGGGCAGUAUCGGAGAGGGAAGUCUGUCCCGGUCGACAUCCCAAUCGUCCGGUCUCAAUAUGAGCAGGAAGCCUCGGGUUAAGACCAUCUUUCCCCACACGGCGGGCAACAACCACACACUCCUCAGCUUUGACGAUGGCGACAUCAUCACCCUGCUCAUCCAAGAAGAGAAGGACGGCUGGUUGUACGGAGAGCUGGAGAAGACACAGCAGCGGGGCUGGUUUCCCUCAUCUUACUGCAGACCUUAUACUGAUCCAGUGAUAUCUAUCAGCAGCAAUCAAGGCACGCCGGUGCGUUGUCUGAGCGAGGUCAGUCUGCCGGAGCAGGAGGAAGAUGAGCCGGUGUUGCUGCCGCCACCAGACUACAGCGACGACGCCCCCUCUGACUCAAUGGUCCCCUCAACUCCCUCACCACAGAACAUGGCGAUAAGAUUAUCGUCAUCCUCAGCAGGUUUCUUUAGUCAAUGGGACUGCAAAGGCUCCCUUUCUAGGAGGAGGGAAUCCGUUUGCCACAGUGAAGCUGAGACCAACUGUCACGAAUGACAGAUCAGCGCCAGUCAUCUAACACCGGGGAGGAGGAUUUUCACCGCUGUCAUGCCUUUAGGGGAAUCAUGUAACAUGGGACCCCUACUACACACUGGAUAUCACCCUAACCUGACAUCUCACCAGCCUGCAUGCUAGUCUCUCUCAGUACCAGUCUGCUCUAUUAAAGGCAUCCAUCGUUUUGUGCAUUUUACAUUAGCCUCAACAGGAACACAUUGCUCAAUCAACACAUGGAGAAGCAGGAAAGUUUUGUUGUACAAAGAAAAUAUUUUAUGUUAAAGUCAGUGUUAUAGUAAUUAUUCACCCCAAAAUGAAAACGUAGACUUUGGGCAAUCACUGAAAGUUGUAAUCAAAUUGACAAAUACAUUGCAUUUCCUGUGGCUGCUUCACAAUAAAAGCCACAUUCAUGUUUUAGCAGUACAGCUGUGCCUUUAAUGUGAAGCAGUGGCAGUAGGAAAUCUUUGGUUUGCAUUUGCUGUAACUUGCAGUUCUGAUAAAGUGUAAAGACAGUAAAAAACAGCGAGGCUGAUAUCUAUGAGAAAAAAUUGUGGUGAAGUACAUGCAUGCAUCAUUUCUUGUAAAUCCCUCGUACACAGGUAUGCAAUCGGAAUCCAGUGCAGGAGUGGCGGACUCCGCCCCGUUAGUGAAUGUAAAUUCAUUGAACUGCUACUGCCAAAAAAUGCAUACCAUAAAUACUGUGGCGGCAAAAAUCUUAAAUUAUAAGGAAUUAAACUUACAGGAAAUAAUUAACACUAGCAAAGAUUUUCAUCUCAGCAGUCUUUCAAAGUACUGAAAGCAACUUUCUUUAACUUUUUUUCGACUUUCCAGCUUCUCUAAAUGUCCUCAAAACCACAAUCCAAGAGUUAAACAAUUUCAAAGUUACAGGGAGUUUUGAGAAAUUUAAGGCAUUCAUGCUGUACUGUACUGUAGUGUAAUGUACUGUUUGAUCUAAGAUGUAAACUACCUUGGCAUUGUAAUACAAGGCUGAGAUAAAGCCAUUGGGGCUUAUUGUGUGUGGUCACAAGAAUACCAAUGGAGUUUCUGAUGAAAUGCUGACAAAGAGAUAAAACCUGAAUCUUCUUUUUGGGGUGAACUGUUCCUUUAAAAUAGUUUCUGUAAGAGUCACAGGCAGUCACAGUGUCAAAGUGCAGUGUUUGAAUACAGAAUGAAGAGAUAUGGAUGUAAAAAACAUUAAAAAAAAAAACAAGAGUGACUUGAUGGUUAUGAAAAAGACCAGCACACAGGCUGUCUUCCUGACUUGCCAAAAAAACAUAUUGUUAUUUCUAUUUUUAUUAAUUAUUUUUGUCUUUCUUGAUAUACAAAGGUUGUGAGAAUGACGGGAGAGUGAAGUGUUAGGGGGAAACCGGGUUUGUUGUUUGAGUGAAGGCAAAGCAACAUGUCACCGUUUAAAAUGAGACGGCUAUUUAUAUACAAUAAGUUUGUAUGCGAUAUUUAAGUAAAAUGUGUGUACAGAAGUCCAUUCUGUGAAGGGGCCCCUUUAAAUACAAUAGCCACUGUGCUCAUGAUCCCAUGCUGAUUUUGAUUUGGAUGCCGGUUUGUAUUUUAAACGGGCAAAUUUACCUUUUUUGAUGAAGGGAAUGUUUUUCACUGGUUUCACUGUUGUUUCAUGUAAAUUCUGUGUACAAUGCACAGUUUAUGCAAAGUAAAAAUGUACCUUUACUGGUAGACAUUUUGAUUGUAUGAAUAAAGUGGGUCAUUGUUUGAAAUCGACAGAGUGUUAACUGUUUUGUGAGGUUGUUGUUGUUGUUUUUUUUGCCAUAUAUUGCCUUUACAGAAUGUAAACGUAUGGUGAGAAACUGAUUGAUGAAACCAUUUUUUGAUCCCCAUAGACCCACUGAUGUUAAGUGUGUAAGUUAACCCAUCAUACUGACAUAGUUAUUGCCUCAUGCUUUCUUCAGAGUACCUUGCCACUGUGUUGACUAAUGUAGUCUUUUUUUUCUCAAUAAAACAAGAUAAAGUGCA